AUGGUCAAAUUGAUUUCUGACAGAGUUUUUGUUGUAUACUGUUGUUUGAGGAAUGUGCAACAAGAAUUAGAUCUAGGCUAUCCAAAACGGUCCAGUAUCACCCCAAUCUUGUUGCUUGAUCAUAAGUUGACAAAAACGUCAGAUAAUGGGGAUGAAAUUUCUGUUCAUCCAGAAAACAUUCAUCUGCUAUUUCUGGGUGCUUGUAUAGAUUUGCUGGCCACAUCAUCAAAGACGCCGUCGGAAUGGUUUUACUUUCAAAAAGAUCAUUCUUUUUGGUCACGGAUUCAGGCAUUGAUGGAGGAAUUGAAGAAUGAAAUCCCAGAGCUUCAAUAUGAAACAUCACUGCAAGACGAAAGACUCUCAUCGGAAUUCCUGUUAACUAAAUGGAAAAAUUUAUUUAUGGAUACACUCUCACGGAUUUCUAAUUUUUCUCCAACAAAAUGUUAUGAACCUUCAACACAUGCUUCAGUCUCACAGAUGCGACUUUUUCCACCAUAUUAUCUUCUUGACUUUGUUGACAUUUUUGUUCCUCAGACAUCUCCGACAACCUUAAGUGAGUUUGCAAAACCUGAUCACUGGAUGCUUUAUGGGCAACCACUGUGGGGAGCUUUAGUACAGGCACAACAAACCAAAGAAGAUCUGAAAAAUAAAUAUCCACUGUUGGAUAUUUUACUAAUGGCUGCUGGUAAACUUAUUGGUGGAGUUGAUUUUCAUAAUUGGUUUUCAAAUUAUAAGAUAAAAAAUGAAAGAGUUACACCCUUGGUUGCUAUUGCUGUAUUGGGUCAGAGAGUUGCACUCAACAUAAUACCACAGUCAGAGAUUGCAAUGGAAUUAGUAGCAAGUGCUAUUACUAUGCGAGUUUGUCUACAUAUUACAGAAGAUCGUGGAACUAUCCUAUCAACAUACUUGUCUGAGCCAACUUUAAGUGAGGCUGCUGCAUAUAUCAUGAACAUUGACAAUGGGUUACUUGUACCAGAUCUGCUGACUAUGUUAAUCAAUAGUAUCAAAGAAGGAGUUGCAGAGGCCAGUUAUCAUGGUGAAUUAGUAGCACGUUUUCUCUUACUUUUGGCAUAUGAUUAUGCCUAUAGUCAGUUUAUAGCAAAUGUGUCAUAUUUUCCUGGCUAUUAUUCACAAGUCAUCACUGUGCAACAAUUCUUGCAGGCCUUACUGGAUUAUGAGACUUUUAACCUAAUUGCAACAGAUAUUUCCACCAGUAAACCCAAUACAUCAGCACCACUAGGUGAAGGUUAUAUACAGUUCAAUCACUUUGUUUCAAUAACCUACACACCUUCAAGAAAGCAAUUGUUGAAAUUCUUAGAACGAGGAGCUGCUGUAUUAUGCAAACAUAACCAAUGUGGUGUAGACAUUAUCAUACCAGUGUUACUAGAGCCUGGAGGAAGGAUGAAUAUCAAUAAUAUAACCUACAUUCUUGUGCAAGUCAAAAACUGGAGACAUACACCAUCACAACAUCAAGUCCAAGAAGCUUCAAGAAUGAAACUCUCACCUGAGUUUGCUGGAAUUACCACACAACAUUUAUUACCUUAUUUGUCUCUCUAUUUGCAACUGGGUGGUGAGAAAUGCACAGCACACAUUGUGGAAGAUAUUGGUAUUUUACCAGAAGUUGACCAACUGCAUAAAUUAGUUUUAUCAGAACCCAAUUUAUUGAAACGUCCAGCUGACAAUGCAGAAAUUCCCUUGAAAAGAGUCAAAAUUGGCAGAAAAAAACGCUAUCCAUCAGAUACAUCAGUUUUUUCUGUGAUAUGUCAGACUUUCCAAGUGUCAUUAGCUGUUUAUGGUCUUGGAAAAGAGGUGUAUGCUUGUUUCAAUCAUUUCACAGCCAUUGAGACCCAAACACAGAUUUUAACAUCUCUGAGAAAGCUCUUGGUUGCCUGGCCUGAUGCAGCUGAACUUGAGAAUGAUAGUAAACAUGUACAACAUAUGCAACCAUUAGUAUAUGUUGAUGCAGUCAAUAAUAGUGACAAUAAUAUUUUGUAG